UAGACGCUAAAUUCACUCAGGACACUUUAUACGCUUUGACAAGUUGUUUCGUAAAACUCGGGAAAGUUUUCGUCCUCUGCCUUAAUGCGAGUGUGUCAUUUGGAUGGUGUUUCAUGCUAUUGUGAUUCGGGUCGUCUGUCGUCUGUGGUCUUUCAUAACGGCGCACUUUUAACUUGAGGAAUAUUUACUAACAUAAAGUGGACUUUUCUACAAUAAUCUGAAAAAUGGGUCAAUAUCAAGAAUUCCAGUGGCAGCAGCCAUGCUCAUGUGUGACUCAAUAAAUACAGACAUGCAGUCAUUAUACCAGAUAAAACCACCAUCUGAGGCAUUUGGAGUUAUAUCAUCACCACCAGCCCAGAUGUACCAUCAUCACUUCCAUUACCCCAGCUAUCAGCACUACACCUACGGGAGCCCCCCUCACACACACUCUCAGUCCCACGAUGUCCAUCACUCCCAGAAUGAACCUGUCGACUUAACCGUCAGCAAAGCAUCCUCCGUUUCGUCGCCUUCCUCAUCUCUGGCAUCGUCAUCACCUAGAGCCACUCCUCCAUCCCAUUAUGAGCGCGCCAGUCCAGUCUCACAUCCUCUCCUCAGCUCCGGCUCUGUAACAGGAAGCACUUGCGGGUCAUCUCAAACAAGGCAGCUGUCCCCACCACUGGCCAUUUCCAUACCUGCGGUCUUGACACCAAUUGUUUCGAGUCCAGGCUUAAUUCCAGUAUCGGUAAUUCCAAUGCUGCAGUCAUUAUCUGUGCUCUACCCCUCCCUACACAUGCCUCCCCCCAUGAUGUCACCCAUCCCACCUGAUGAUCCUGCUCACCACAAACAGUUCCAUAUGAUGAAGUCAGAGAAUCCCCCAAACAAACAUGAGCUCAAGCCAAUCAAAUCUGAGCCUCAUUCUGAUCCCGAUCAGGAAACCCGCAGCCAGGAAAUAACCUCAUCAGUCAUUUCUGUCUCAUCAAGUUAUAAUGAGGGAAACACACACUCCGUGAUUGUACGUCGAAAGGUAGAAUCUCCAGAUCCAUCGAAGAAGCGUCGCAUUCAUCGCUGUGACUUCAACGGCUGCAAUAAAGUUUAUACCAAAAGCUCCCACCUGAAAGCUCAUAGACGCACACAUACAGGAGAGAAGCCCUAUAAGUGUAUGUGGGAAGGCUGUACGUGGAAGUUCGCUCGCUCUGAUGAGCUGACCCGUCACUUUCGGAAGCACACGGGAGUAAAGCCUUUCCAGUGCCCUGACUGUGAUCGCACCUUCUCUCGCUCCGAUCACCUCGCUCUGCACAAGAAGCGUCAUCUGCUGGUGUAACCUCAGUACUGCAACACUCCAGUGAUGUUAAGGGACGUUUUGUGUAUCCCGGCUACUCCCUGUCCAGGAAACGAUGCGUAUGGGUGGAAAGAGUGGAACUGAUGGAUUUCACCAUGCUAGCUCUUACUACAUUAUUAUUGUCAAAGUGGAUUUUGUCAGCAUUACUAUGGAUAUGAAGAAAUGCUGAUAGUGCUGUGGAUAUGACCCUUAUCUAUACAAAAUCAAAUGGCUUUUAAAUGCAAGGCAGUAGGCACCUUUAUGUCUUUUUCUUGAUACCAAGCACUCUCUCUCUUCCUUAUCUCUCUAUACACAUCUCUUUCUCGUUUUGUUUUGCCCUCUGCAGGUCAGAGGGCCCAUUGUGCCAGUUACAGCACAAACAAGCAAAUGCACAUGCUGUAUGUCAGUAGCCAGUCACACACACACAACUCAGAUAGUUUCACACCGUCACACUUAAUGUUGUUUUAGGUUGCAACUCGGGUCAAACCUGCACAAUGUGAAUUUUUCUCUCUUUUUUUGUUUUGUUUUAAAUAUUACUUGGUAAAUAAUUGUGUAUAUGCAGAUCCUGUAUAUGUAUUCAACGUGUUUUUUUAUGUUUUAGUGUAAGGACCAAAGCCGAUUGACCAUUUGAUUGGGUCUGUCAGUCAUUAUGCAUUGACUCUUAAGAAUUAAGUUUUGACAAAGAAAUAGUUUUUGGUCCCAAAAGUAGCUUAAAGCAACUGACCUAUACUAACCUAGUAAAACAGUUACAUGUUUUAUUAAUUGUAAUCAUGUAUUAAUACUGUAGUUUAUUACCGUAAGUACCAUGUACUGUGUAAGUUCUUGCAACACGCACAAUUUACGAUUUAGUAAUGAAAUUAUAGUAAUGAUUUUAUCCCACAUAGAUUCUAAAAAUACAGGUAAUUAUGUUUGAGAGUUCGAAAUAGUGACUUAAACGCGAAUAGGCUCGCUUGACCCUCCAACACGUACAUAUUAGUUGCAAGGACUUAUAGAAUGCUUCAGUUUGCUUAAUCUUACCGUUAUUCAUAUUUGAAUAAUUUCUGUAAUCAUGAAUAUUCACAUAAUCCUAAAUAUUUUGUUGCGUCUUGUGUUUUAUCAAAUCCAGUGUCUGAGGCUCUAAAGGGUAAAAUCUUUAUUUCACUGAGGGGUGUUUAGGUGGAGAAGUUUGAUAAAUGUGAACCAUUCAAUAAUAAAGGGCAUUAUUUUUAUUAGAGUGAGUUCAUCUAGGUUAUGGGUGACAUUGUCUUACUGCUAAAACUUUGUUUGUGAGAGAUGUUUGACGCGUGAGACAGUCAUCGAUACAUGCAGGGAUGAGCAGUGUUUGUAGGUUUUGCGAAUCAUUUUUACGUGAACAAACGUUUAAAGGGCAAUGUGUAAGCAGAAACAGUGCACUUUAUAUAAACAUAUUUGAAAUGGCAAAUUUCAAUAAAUGGGUGGUUAUGAAUAGCUUGAAGCUUUGGGCUACAUCUUCUUGUUUCCUUUUCUUAUAGUAGUUAAACAGUUUGUAAUAGACCAGUUUUCGGAUUUCUUUUAUCAACUGAAGGACAUUUUUGACAUUUCGAAGGAGGAAAAGAACAAGGGUGCACUUACAUAAGAAAUGAAAAAGUCCUUAAUGAGACAAAAGAAAGAAUUGCAGAGAAAAAGCAAAGCGGUUUCUCUAAUAUAAUAUAAACCUUAUUAUACACUUCACUGAAAUGAACUAAUCAGAUAGGAUAAUGGAAAUAUUAAUAUAUAUAUAUAGUCUAUAUUUUUAAAGCAAUAAUAUGACUGAAUGGGCAAUUUAUAGAAAGCAUGAUUAUGAUAUAUUUUUAAUCCAAAACAAAUAUUAUACAUUUUUAUAAAGAUGUGAAUCUUCUGUCUUUUUUAAUUUACUUCUAUUUUUUCACAGUUCUAGGGGAAUAUGCUGUGUCAUUAUAUCAAACUGUGAAUUUAAAUACAAAUUGUUCAGACACAUUUUUUCUAUUAUGUAGAUUUAAAUAUGUAUCAUUCAAUAAACUUUUUAUGGUGAA